AUGGCCCCAUCUGCCUCGAAGCUUAUCGGUGAUACCGGCGCUGGUGAUGGUACCUCUGGCGGCCCCAAGGUUCCCGGUCCCGGCGAAAAGAACGAGCUGUCCACCUACCUGUUCAAACUCAAGAACACCAUCGCCCGCAUCGGCAUGAUGUCCCGAAUCAACAAGUCCACUGACAAUCCUUCCGUCAUCCUGCUCAAGAGGGAGAUCUACGACUUCUUCAACUACUUGGAGGAUUGCCAGGAUUACUACGACAUGAGCAUCACCGCCGACCAGGCUAAGCGCCAUGGAGACUUCGCCGCCCGCCUCCUCUCCAUUUCCGACGGAGAGCCCCCCGAGAAGCAGCGUCUCUUCACCGCCGGUGACCAGUCUCGUGCUCUCAGUCUCCGUCAGUGGAUCGAUGAUAGCGUUCGUGCUAAAAGAAUCGUCGAUGAGAAGACCGUCAAUGAGGAGACCCACGAUGAGAUUCCCAAAACCACUUCCGUCAUCACCUUCACUGACAACAUUCCACGUCCCCCCGCCAACCAUCCUAUCUGGGGAGUUGACGGUAUCAUGCAUGGCCUGACCAUCAUUGGCAUUAAUAUCCGCUUCAAUCCGGACUACAAGCACUCGCGUCGCCAAUGCAAGGAGUACGGACACAACGGUCUCAAGGCCGGCAUCCACGGCAAUAUCACCAGCGGCGCCUACAGUAUUGUGAUCUCGCCAACCUCGGACUCUACGGACAUUGACAAUGGCGACGUCGUCUGGUAUUCCGGCUCGGGCUCCGAAAAGCACCAAGAUGUUGAGAAGGUUCCCGACCGAACUAUGGGCACCAAGGCCCUUGUCGCCAGUCUUGCUACUGGAAACAUGGUCCGAGUCAUCCGCGCUGCCGCCGGAAAGGGCAAGCAAAUGCUCUUCAAGUAUGCCCCCAAGGUCGGCUUUCGCUACGAUGGCCUCUACCAAGUUAAGCUCGUUACUACCUCGGUCAAUAAGCAUGGAGGUCGUAUCGAGCAAUUCAAGCUCGUUCGGUGCGAGGAUCAGGAUCAGCCCGGCCUGGAUGAACUCCGAUGUAUUCCCAGCCCCGGCCAGCAAGAUGCCCACGCGAAGAUCUUUGAGAAGUGGUGA